AUGCGUCUCCAACGUUUCACACCCAUGAUCGCUUUGAUCUGCGCCCUUCCUCUCUCAUUUUCCUCCGUCAUCGGUCGAUCCAAAACUUCACCAGAAAACUCUGAGAUCAGUGCGCUUGAGCCACGAAGCACCCACGCGAACGACAAGUCAAAAUACCAUGCCCUCGAUGAGAAAUUCGACCUUAGCACCAAAGGUCCGAAAUCGAGCUACGCGAAGGUCGAAAAUCUAACUCUAAGCAUCGAAGCUUACGGCAACCUGCUUGGAACAGCACAUGCCCCUACCAUCAAGCUUGGAGAUGAAGAGUUGGCUGUCACAAAUAUAACAGACAUGCCAGACGAUUUGGCGGUGCCAAAAAUAGGUGGUAGUAAGAUCAUGUGGGCGGCUACUUAUCCUUGUAAUAACUUCUAG